GAAAAACUGAAGGAAAAGACCAGAAAUAAAGUCUACGCGAGUCUCGAUUAAGGAGUAGAAUUGUUCCUAAAGCUCUACUAUUUCACAAUGGGGAGCAAGGGCACGUGCAAAUCAAGGACCCGCCACGAACGUGUGACUAUGCGUGUAACCAUCCAAGACAUGGUAUGAAGCUGAGUUUGCUCUUCUAAUUUUCUUUCAACAUCUCCACCACCAAGACAAAGUUGCAGGAUGACAGCGGCGGGCUACGCGCAGGAGUCGCAGGGUGCAGCACUAUCUCAAUGGCCAACGUCACUACAGACUUCGUUGCUCCGAUCUCCGGUGGGCUACGCCCCUACCGAGACAGGAGGCUUUUACCCCUUUGCGCAUCACAUAAAUGGCAAUGUUCACGGGAACAAUGGCAAGGUUAUCAAAAGAGCAAACUUCAACAACUAUCGUUGGAGGACUACAAGAGCCACGCUUAAUUCUCCGUUCUUAAGGCUAGUGUCGUAGUCACUAGACAUUAUUUCGUUUCCGUGUCCCGGACACGCACACGGUGUAGUCCGGAGAGUAUCCGCUCGAGUCGAUCGAUUCCUUUUUACUUCAUCGAGGAAACUGUUCCUAAACCUAAAGUGGAAUGAACAAGCACAGCACUGCGGAUAACGAAAACGAUUCUUGACUACCACUACGACUACAUUUAUCUUUUUAAUAAUUUUGGGAGCAGGACAAGGAGAGAGGAACGCUCUCGCUCAGCCUCAGAGUAACAGUAAGAAAAACCAACGUUCACUGGGUGCCUUCAAGACGGGAAUGUCGAUUUUGAAAGCGAACAUCGGCUCAGGACUCCUUUUUCUGCCAUCUUGUGCCGCACAUGGAGGCACAAUCGUUUUUACGUGCGGCGUCAUUGUCGUAGGUUAAGGCUAAAUAUCAUUGAAUGAAUGUUGAACAUGAUGAACGGGUAUCUUGUUUAGGAAAAGAGAGUCUCCUCGAAGGCCGCUAAAAAGCACAUCCUCCGCGAUCGAAUAUUUUUGCAAAACCUUGUCUUUGUCCCUGUGGCCUCUUUCUUUCACUAAAAAGUAACAUAUGUAUUUUAUGAGUAAACAUGAUUGUGCUUGAACUGAAUUGUUCCGGUAAUUGGUAUAGCCUGAAUUUGAUCAUAAGGGAAAACAAGAAGAGAACCCUUAGGAUCAAACUCAGGUUACCAAAUACCAGAACCAUACAUGAACUACGGCUAUUCCUUCCUAUCGAAAGACGACUAAACCCUAAACCUUCUGAACCUCGCAUUUUCUAUCAAUCUAAAAAGUAGCUCUCUGCGUUCUGUCAGCCAUGCGGCUGAUUCGAGUUCGUGACUUGGUCCUAGAAUCCGAAGGUGUGCUCCUAAGUUACGGAGAACUAGUGGAGUUUGUUAUGUCCAUGGAGAAAGUUGUAGCCGAAGCGGGAGAAGCGGGAAGAACAUCAGGAGAUGAAGAUGUUCUUGUCGAGCAGCCAGAAGGUGAAGAGUGUCGUGAAAACAGCCAGAACAAGGUUGGAAAAGAAGCGGUAUCCUCGGUUGGACAACAAGAGAAGCAAGCCGCCUGCUCUUCGUCUGCCUCACCCGCUGCUCCUGUUACAACACCAGAAAAUAUUCAUAAAACUACUACGAGCAGAGGGUCUGCCUCACCCGCUGCUCCUGUUACAACACCAGAAAAUGAAAAUAAUCAUAAAACUACUACGAGCAGAGGUUCAGGUUUCUGGAUUUUGGCCGUGAAUGGGUCGAUCAUCCUGUUGCAGUGUGGCUUCUGUAUCGCUUAUUUCAUCUCAAUAUCGCAGAUGGUUGACAUUCCUAUCUUUGGGGUAGCAAUACUGGUGGCUCCCUUGACCUGGAUACGACACGUCGCGCAACUGGCAUUGACUAACAUUGUAGCGGAUCUUCUUUUGCUGUUUGCUACCGUAGUCGUGUUAUGGUCAACAUUUAGUGUCCAUCAUGCUCGGCAUCUUGAUCCCCUUUUCCCUUGUAUUCUCGUGAAAUACAAGGUAAGUAAUGCUACAAGGUAAGUAUUAUUCCUAGGAAAUGCUACAAGGGUAGUAAAGGGGUCAAGAUGAGGGGGCCGAGAUGCAAUCUAGAAGCAGACUCUAAUUGUUUUCGCAAUCGAAUGGCAUGAGACUACAACGUUUACAGAUCCAGCAGCUCCAGCAUCGUCUAUGAUCAGAGAAGCAGCAGCUCCAUCCUCGAGUAGAACUUCUUCCUUUCUUACGAGAGCUACAACUUCUACAAGCUCGAGCACGACUUUUUCUACUAGCACAACAAUGACCUCAACAGGAGGAGCUUUAGUCUGUCUCGGCACUGUGUGCCUAGUUUUUGAGGGUAUCAGUAGUGUAAUUCCGACAAGAGACGAAAUGGCCAAUCCGGAACGGUGGGGUGUGCUCUACUCUGGCUGUUUCGUAUUCAUCACGCUAUUAUUCAUUGCCGCUGGAUUGAGUGGGUUCUAUGUUUACGGUGAAGAGACGAAACCAAUCUUAUGGACGAGAGGGCUACUCGUGGCGGUAGAGGUAAUGCAUUUUUUUGCACAGAAUGAUUUUUACACCAUUUUUUCACAGAGGACGAAAUAAUUCAUGAUGUUCUUACUUCUGUGAGAGUACCUUUAUUGGCGGACGCCUCUAAAGUUUAUCCUGCUUAAUUUUGGGAGUGGGAAUGUGGCUGUGGAGAUCGUGCGCGCUGGGUUUGCACUAGCUUUGUUUCUGACGUUUCCGUACCAGUUUUUGCCUGCGGUCAGGAUUAUGUAUGCGACCGAUUGAGAGCGAUGGAGUGCGGGGAACGUCUUCUAUCUUGUUCGAUUGUUGUACUAUUUUUCAGUCACUGAGUCGGUGGUCGCACGGGUGCGUAUAAGUAGUUGUAAAAAGCAUAUUAAGCUUCCCUCUUCUCCAAUAAUCUCAAGAGGUACCACCAUUGACAUUAUCGAGAGCUAUUGUGUAAGCUUGUUUCAGUACUGCGAAUAUAUUCUGGGACCUCCGCUCGUUCCAGACACGACUCAACACGUGAUCGGUCAUGCAAAUAACGAACAAGUAGAUGCAACAUCAGAGAAGAGUGCGGGAGAAAGAGUCACGCUGCAACAAGAAUUAGGAGCAGAGAACAGAUGGGCGACGCCUCCUCGGCAGCAGCAAGGAUCGACCAACAGCGAAGCCUCCAGUUUUCCGAGUACGCCUUUACACCGCAAAUUGCUGCAGAGCGAGUGCUUGCAAGAGGACCUCAGGAGUACAUACCUCCAGAGUAACAGCUCACUCAUCGAUAAUUUCGAGGAUGCUGGUGCAAGUGUUCUUGGGCCGCUAGGGAUCGCUAGUGGUAGAACAGGACAAAAUAUCUUCAAGAAUACAGGACACUUCUCGACUUUAGUAGGACCUCUCCAAGCGGUGAAAAAAUGGAUCCUAAGUAAAGGGGUGGAGAGGCAGUUUAGCUUUAUCCGUUUAACACGUGAAGAUUAUUCUCCGCAGGAGUUUGACUGUAUGGUUCUGGUAUUUGGUAACCUGAAUUCGAUCACAAGGAUUCCCUUCUUGUUUUCCUUAUGAUCGAAAUCAGGUUACCAAAUUAUACCAGCACCAUUCAUUGACAGCUCGCCUUCUGACACCGGACGACUCGACGAGGACCCGAGCAGGAAGAGCAGUGCGCGGCAGCCUUCACUCCUAUCCGAAGGCAAUCUCCAGCGGUUCGAUUUACGCACACAGCGAGAAAGAAAACGCGUCAAUUCUUCAGCUGUGCUCCCUGUCGUAUCAUCUCCAACAGGAGGUACUAAAGGAGAACGACCAUCAGCGAAGGAGAACGACCAUGUGCCGGCUAGACCGAAUCAAAAAAUACACAACGGAACUGUAGGAGACAUGCAGAAAGCGUCGUCCCCGACGCGAGAGCAUGGGACGUCCUCUUAUUCGUUGACGAAGCCACUUCUAGCUGUACCUCUACCUCCAGUCCCAAGUCGAGCACCAGGACCGUCUUUCCUGCGUUCACAUAGUCCGGUUUCGUCGGUUCGCUUUUCUCUAGACCAUAUCGUUGAAGAUGCUCCCUCUAGAACGGGCAAUCGUCGUGAAUUCACCAUCGCAAGUAGUAACCUUCUUCGUGCGAAAGACGAUGACAUUGCUAGUACGACAGCAUGGACAACUGCCAGUCAAUUUCGGAAAAAACCUCUGAAGCACAAGAUUCCCAAAGCCGCACUCCGCACCUUUCUGGUCUUUUUUCUGGCGUUUGUAGCCACUGUUGGCGAGAACUACUUGGACAACAUCAAUUCCCUCAUAUUAAGGCUCCAGAUGAUCCAUAUUUUAGACAUCUCUACUUUCCUGAAUCCUGAUUCAUCAGAUUCUUCUGAUAUUCUUCUGAUUCAGAUUCCUCUGAUAUUAUUCUUCAAGGAUGCAGGAGCUGAAACAAGCUUGAUUAAUUACGGAAAGGCCUUCUAAGGAUAGGAAGCCUUUGCGGUGCUCCGCUGGUCUUUCUCUAUCCUGCAUUGGCGCAUAUGAAUUACUGGAGGAACAUUGCAGCCAUCACUGAAAGAGUUCACUGCCUAGACUGGAUGUUGAUCACAUUUGGGAUCAUCAUUCUGAUUGGCUCGACCGCCGUCAAUUUGUGCGUUAUUUUCGGCUGAAAAACUACUAAAAUUUGAACUUUAUAAUGAAGCAGCUAACUGGGUACUAUGGAAUUAGUAGACUUCUACGUGAGAGUAAGUACUUGAAACCAAAACCCAACAAUGACUUUAAUAUCUCUCCACUGAUGUUAUUGCCCGUUUGUUCUUUGCAGUACAUGCCACAACAUUUUUCCGUGGAUUGCCACCUUGAUCUUAAUAUUUGAUGCUAUUCAGAGCUUUACAAGUCGUUUUUUUGCUUUUGGUUCAUCUCCAUCUUUCUGUGUCACAAUAAUUGAGUCGGAACGACGAGUCUAAAACUGAGAGGCAUUUCUGUCACCAGGAGACUGAG